AGACGGGUGAGAGGAUGAACCGGCAGUUUGUUGAGGAUCGGGCCAUGGUGAUUGACCCGCUCCCUUUUAUCUGGAAUGUCAAAGGACCUGGGCCUCACUACUGUCUUGAUAUGAAGAUGUCCCGGCUCAAACGACUGGCCUUCGCCUUUGAAUUUGGAUCAGUGAACCCCAGACAAUCGUUCCCAGUGACUGAGUUUCCUGAAAGGAUCGUUAAACUUGACAUCUCUUUAAAUGAGCUGGAAGAACUGCAGCCUGAAGCGCUUUUUCCUUUUGAGAAUCUCUCUGAAUUGGAUGCAUCCCUCAAUGCUUUAGGCGUUAUCAGAGGGAUUGAAGUUCUUCCCAACCUCGUUGUAUUAAACCUCAGUCAUAAUGCACUCAGAGACCUGAGAAGUUUAGAAAACUGCAUCCACCUGUCUGUGCUGAAUGUGUCUCACAAUCAAGUGAGAGCCCUGGGAGACAUGCCACUCCUGAGCAACCUGAUGCGGCUUCACUUGGGUUCCAACGAGCUGAGGUCUCUGGAAGGCAUUCAGAAUUUGCCCCAGCUCUGUGAACUCUAUGUCCAGAAGAAUCGGAUUUCCAGCUUGCUGCCUCUCUCUUCCUCAUUGGCUCUCAAUGUACUGGAUGCUGCCAGCAAUGAGAUCAGCUCCCUACAGCAGGCCCUGCAUGUGCUUGGAGGACUCCGCAGGCUGAGACAUCUCAAACUCCAGGGCAACCCGCUGGCCCGGGACAGCCGCUACGUCGCUGCAAUCAAACAGGCCACUUCUGUGGAGACCCUGGACCAUGCGCUUCUCAGGGACCCACCUCACCGCUCAGCCUUGUCUUUGUUCAGCUGGUCUCUACUCAGAGAAUCAGUGGCCGGUUCGAUGGACUCAGGUCUGACCAAGGAGGAUCUGAAAAAAUCAGCUAGGAGGAUCUUCCUGGAGAGACUGCAGCGUAAGACGGAGAGCACUGAGCACGCUGUACAUCACUUGCACAGCAGAAUACUGGACCUGCGGGAAGAGCUGAGAGAAUACGAAGAAACCUUCAGAACAGAAGUGGAUGGCUGCAUAAGGUGAUUAAAGCUGUGGUUCGGCUGCUUUUGAACCCACCACUCCAUCCACCUCCUGACGAUGCCAACAUCUGAUGCCAUUUCUGAUACCUGAACUAUCAGUACCAGUGUUAGGCAGAAACUGAUGAGAUCCCAUUCCUCCCUGGUCUGGCUGAGUGGCUUUGCUGCAAGGAUUCCAUGGCCGAGGCGUGGGAGGCCAUUCUGGUGCCCUGUUCACCUCACUUGAUUGGGUCUCUCUGGAGUUCCUCACAGCCUUCUUCAGUCCUGACUAACCUAAGUAAUUUUUGCAUCAGCUGCAGAUUUUACCACCUCAUUGCUCAGCCCUUUCCAGAUAUUCAUAGAUAUGAAGACAAGAAGGGACCAUUAUGAUCAUCUGGUCUGCCCUCCUGCAUAACACAAGCUUGGAUCCUCACCCAAUAGUUUCUGCAGCAAGACCAUAUCACUUCCGAUUGAGCUGCGGCAUAUAUCUUACAAGGACAUCCCGCCUUGGUUUAAAGACUUGACAUGAUGGAGAAUCCACCACAACCCUUUGUACAUUGUACCCGUGGUUAAUUGCCCUCACUGGUAAAAACGUGCCUUAUUUCUAGUGGUAAUGGAGCUGCAGGGUGU